AUGGUCGUUCCUGUUGUUCCCCCAGUUGUUGGUGAAACCAGAGAAGGGUCUAGGCCGGUCCGGAGACGUCUAUUAUUUGGAAAUGCUGGCAUUCCAGACACUGACGGUAGAGUUGGAGAUUCAAACUCUGGUUCAGUUGAUUCUGAAGAAUUACCAGUAGACGAUGGUCUACACUGGGGUAAAUUCGAUGAAGCACUCCACGAGAUGCUAAACAACCCGUAUACGCCAGCUUUUUUUGGAAGGGAUGCUCCACUUGUAUUCAACAAUCGGGAGGGAACAGGGGUUGACACGGCUCUGGCCGACAUCCAAUACGAGGGAGAUGACUUUUAUGUGGGUCGUGUUUUCAAAUCCAAAGCUGACUGCAAAAUCAAACUUGCAAUACAUGUUAUAAACCGAAAGUUCCAUUUCAAGACCACUCAUGCAAGUGGGAACUUCCAAGUCAGACAAGCUAACCAUGUUCACUCUUGCACCGUUGACGACCGUAGAAACUACCACAAACUUGCAACGACUGUCGUGAUUGGCCAGAUAUUGCAAUCUCGUUUUGUUGGUAUUAAGAAGGGCCCCACUGCCGCCGCAAUAAGGAAAAUAUUGCUAGAUGAAUUUCAUGUCAACGUUUCAUACUGGAAAGCUUGGAGAGCUAGAGAGAUGGCGAUGGAGCAUGCAAUGGGGACAAUGGUUGGAAGUUAUGCACUGAUACCUCCAUAUUUGGCACUCCUUCAGUCUUCUAAUGUAGGAACCGUAUGCUACCUGGAAAGUACGGAUGAAGAAGAAGGUGGAACACGGUUUCAAUACUGUUUUGUUGCUUAUGGAGCAUCGGUGACAGGGUAUUCGUCUAUGCGGAAAGUUAUUGUUGUUGAUGGGACGUCGCUUAAAGGAAAGUAUGGUGGGUGUCUACUUUCAGCCUCAGCACAAGAUGGGAAUUUCCAAAUAUUUCUCCUUGCGUUUGCUGUUGUUAAUAGCGAAAACGACGAUGCUUGGGAAUGGUUUUUCCAGAGGCUACAAACUUUUGUUCUGGAUACCCCGGGCUUGGUUUUCAUCUCUGAUCGCCAUGCAAGUAUCGCCAUUGGACUGAGGAAGGUAUACAACCAUGCUCAGCAUGUGUGUUGUCCAUCUGUGGAGAAAUGUGAUGGGUUCGACCAGUGGACUAGGGUUCAUUUCAGGGGGAAUAGGUUCAACAUCAUGGAUUCAAACAUAGCUGAAUCCUGGAAUGGGGUGUUUAAGGAAGCACGUGAAUAUCUCCUCAUUACCAUGUUUGAGUACAUACGUACAACAGUUAUGUCUUGGUUCGCAUUGCGUCGAGCGAAAUCAACCCGGGAGCAAGGAACUAUCACCCCAAAUGUCAGGAAACUCGUGGAGGAAAACUUUGAUCUCUCCACCGCUAUGGCUGUACGUGAUAUAGCCGAUCUUGAAUACCAAGUGCAGGACCCCACCGGGGAGUGCUUCACAGUUUUAUUGGGUCCCGGUACUUGCACAUGUUGUGAGUAUCAACUAAUAGGGAUACCCUGUAUGCAUGCGCUUGCUUGUUCAACCAGGGUUGGAUUUCCAUCUGAUGCGAUGGUGGCACCGGCUUACCGUGUACCAACAUGGCGCCAAGGCUUCAUUGGAAAAAUAUAUCCGGUCCCAUCUGUUGGUGGAUUAGAACUCGGAUCUGGAACUAGAGCUCCAUUACUUCCACCGGCAGUACGCCGCCCACCUGGACGUCCUAGGAAAGUCAGCAUCCUAUCACGUGGGGAGUACAAGGAGGAAGCUCGUCAAACAGGAAAUGCAAACGUUGUGGCCGUUUGGGACACAACAGGGCAUCCUGCCGCAACCCAAUAUGAUAAGCUAUAA